UAUCGUCUCCUCAGUGCUUCUCUCUCUCUCUCUCUCUCUCUCUCUCUGCAAAUCAAUGGCGACCAUCAACGCCUCUCUGCUCCCCCAAACCCUAAUCUCACAACCUCCCCUCCUUCCAGACAACAACUUCAGAUUUUCCCUCCCAAUUCGACCGUCCAUCUCUCAGCUAAGAUUCGCAUCCUCAUCGUUCUCCGCCCGCCCCGCACCAUCGACAUCUAGGUGGGCCAUCCAUCGGACGGCUGCGAUUCGAGGAGCGGUAGACGGGGAUUACUCGUCGAAGAGGAGCAGCAGCAACGAGCCGAGGGAGACAAUCUUACUCCCGGGUUGCGAUUACAACCACUGGCUCAUCGUGAUGGAAUUCCCCAAGGAUCCUGCCCCCACGCGCGAGCAGAUGAUCGAUACGUAUCUCAAUACGCUCGCUACCGUAUUGGGAAGUAUGGAAGAAGCCAAGAAGAACAUGUAUGCUUUUAGUACCACCACUUACACUGGAUUUCAAUGCACUGUAUCUGAAGAAGUAUCAGAGAAAUUCAAGGGAUUGCCUGGAGUUCUUUGGGUAUUGCCAGAUUCAUACAUCGAUGUGAAAAACAAGGACUAUGGAGGAGAUAAGUAUAUUAAUGGGGAGAUAAUUCCCUGCAAAUACCCAACUUAUCAACCGAAGCAGCGCAGCAAUUCCAAAUACGAGAGCAGAAGAUAUGAAAGGAGGAGGGAUGGCCCUCCACCAGAGCGAAGAAAAGCCAGACAAGAGGUGCCUCGGUCAAGCUCACCCUCUGAAUGAGGUUACGGGAUAUUUUCUUUUGAGGCUGUUGGAACCUACGUACUUUUAUGAUUCAUUGCUAGUUCAUGUGAUUUGAGAUAGAACUGUCAUGGUGGGCCAUUUAACUGGAGAUUAGGAUAUGAUGUAGGGUAGUAUUGUUGUUAAGUGUUUGUUCAUAUUUAUCUUCUAUGACAUUCAGUUUUGUUCUCCAUAGUGUUUCCAUUUGGAGAAAAAAGAUGUUUUCUAUGAGUAAGUUUUGUCGUGAAACUUUUUCUACCCACAUAUUUAAUACAUGAUUUAACCAUGUAAUGAACUGCCUUAUGCAUGAUUCCCAGCUCUGUUAAGCCGUAAGAGUCUAAGACUUGUGAUUUGUUGCUAAUCCAACUCUGUUCGUAUUGUUAUAUUAGUUUUCAUGUUAAUGAGAAUGUUACAUUGAAUCA